UACAGCAACACCACAAGUUUCCCGCAAAAUAUGAGAAACACCAUAAAUACUUUAACAAAAGAAUACAAAUGAGAAGCAUGAAACUAUUUAUUUUACUUUCUUUCCAUGCUCUCAUGUUACUUGAAGCAUACGGUUUCACCGACGGGACUGAUCGACAAGCGUUGCUUGAGUUCAAAGCUGUCUUGUCCUCGUGGAAUCAUUCGUUCCCUCUCUGCAAUUGGAAAGGGGUUACAUGCGGUAGCAAACACAGAAGAGUUACUAGUCUGGACCUCGGAAGAUUGCAAUUAGGCGGAGUGAUAUUACCAUAUGUUGGUAAUCUUUCGUUUCUCAUGUCACUUGAUCUCUCUGGUAACUCUUUUGGUGGAACCAUCCCUCAAGAAGUUGGAAACUUGUUUAGACUUGAGUACUUGAAUACGAGCUUUAAUAUUCUCGGAGGAGUGUUUCCACUCAGUCUAUUUAAUUGCUCUAGAUUGAUGGACCUUGAGUUAGAUUCAAAUCAUCUCGAAGGAAGUGUUCCUUUGGAAAUAGGGUCAUUAACAAGGCUUCUUUAUUUAUUUCUUGGUCAAAACAAGCUAAAAGGAAAGCUCCCUGCAUCUCUAGGAAACUUGACAUCACUCAUGCAAGUUAGCUUUACAAGUAACGAAUUAGUAGGAGGGAUUCCCAAAGAUAUAGCUAGAUUGUCUCAAACUCUUUUUCUUUCUUUAUCUCUGAACAACUUCUCAGGCGUUCUUCCUCCUUCCAUUUACAAUUUGUCUUCACUUGAGAUGUUAAACAUCUUUGGUAAUAGCUUUUCGGGUAGCCUAAGACCUGAUUUCGGUAUUCUGCUACCAAACCUUAUAGAGCUAUAUAUGGGAAAUAACUAUUUCGCAGGAGAUAUUCCCACAAUACUUUCUAAUAUCGCUACUCUUGAAACGUUGGGAAUCGAGUAUAACAAUCUGAUAGGAAGUAUUCCUCCGAGCUUUGGGAAAGUACAAAAUUUGGAAGUCUUAUUACUUCAUGGCAAUUCUCUUGGAAACUACUCUUUUGAAGAUCUUGGUUUCAUUGAUGCCUUGUCCAAUUGCACCCAACUACAUAUCUUAAGUGUUGGUUUCAAUAAGCUUGGGGGUGACUUGCCUACCUCCAUUGCUAAUUUUUCCACAAGCCUAAAGCUACAAAUGAAUCUUAUCUCCGGAAGCAUUACUCAUGACAUUGGGAAUCUCGUAAACCUACAGAAACUUGUCUUGUUUGAAAACAUGUUGACAGGACCACUCCCAACCUCUAUUGGGAAGCUUUUAGGAUUGGGUUAUCUAAGUCUAGAUUCAAAUAGAAAGUCAGGAGAGAUACCUUCUUCUAUAGGCAACAUCACUCGGUUAGAAACACUCUAUUUGUCCAACAAUAGUUUUACAGGACCUAUUUAUCCAAGUCUUGGAAAUUGUAGUUAUCUACUUUAUUUAUAUAUUGGAUCUAAUAAGUUGAAUGGAACUAUACCUAGGGAAAUUAUGCAAAUCCUGUCCCUUGUAUACAUAAUCAUGGAAGAAAAUUCUUUGACUGGCUCUUUACCAGAAGAUGUUGGAGGAUUACAAAAGCUUGUUGUAUUAUCACUUGGGAAUACUAACUUAUCGGGACAACUUCCACAAACCUUGGGAAAAUGCCUCUCGAUGGAAGAGCUUUAUCUGCAAGAAAAUUCUUUUGAAGGAACCCUUCCAGAUAUAAGAGGAUUGGUAGGUGUUAGAAGAGUCGAUUUGUCGAAAAAUAAUCUCACGGGAAGUAUACCUGAAUAUCUUGCAAAGUUUUCUAAGUUGGAGUAUCUCAAUCUAUCCAAUAACAAUUUCCAAGGAAAGGUGCCAACAGAAGAAAAUUUCCAGAACUCUACUAUAGUUUUGGUAUAUGGAAACAAAAAUCUGUGUGGAGACAUCAAAGAACUGAAACUAAAUCCAUGCCUUGCGUGUUGUGGAGAAUCUCCUAUGAAGCGGUUGGCAUUGAGUGAAGCUGUGAAAGAAUUAAACUCAAUCAAGGAA